CAGCACUGAGCUGCAGUUUCCUGACUCUCUCUGCUGGCCAGGCUGAUCAGAAAGCAGCAUGGAGGCCCCUGGGAGAAGUGACCUGCUGAGGAAGCUGAAAGCCCUGGGCAAGGAGGAGUUGGAGGGAUUCAAGGAUAAACUGAGUGAAGUCCUGCUGGAGGGGGGAUCUGAGCCCAUCCCCAAAACACCAGCUGACCCUGCAGCACUAACUGACCUGCUUCCCAGGCACUGCAGAGGGGAUUCGAAAGCGGUUCUGAAAGUCCUGGAAGAUGUUGAAGCCAGAUUCCAGAAAGUCUCUCUGACAGCUUCGAGCCACCCACAACAAGAGCGGAAGCCGUCCACUGGCACUAAAGCAGGCAAUUCAGGACCAAAGAGCCAGUUCACGCAUUCAGGCGAUGAGAUUCCUCCUGGUGAAGGAGGAACGCUAGCAUCUGCAAUUGCCUUCAUGAAGAGGCAUCUUUCCUUCACUGGCUCCAAGGUGGAAGCUACAGGAAAACAAAGCAGGAAGGAGGAUCCCACUGGGGACAACUGGGGAACAGACAAAUGCAAACUUUGUCUCAGGGAGGAGGAUCCUUCAGAAGAAAUAAAUCCGGAGAUUAUUCGGGGCCCAGAUGGGAACCAGGAGACGUACAGGGUUCACCUCCCUGGGGCAGGCUCCUUCCGUUGCUCUGAAACUGAACUGGGGCUUGAGGUGAGGUCAGCAGUGACUGUCCAGUACCGAUACGGCUUCUGGGAUCAGCAUCUGAGUGUAUGGAGCACUCCUAAAUGGAUGAUCGCUGGCCCUUUGUUCAGUAUCCAGGCAGAACCGGCCGGGGCCGUGGCAGCCGUUCACCUCCCGCACUUCCUGUGUCUCAGAGGGGCUGACACCUCCCGGAUGCAAAUCGCCCAUUUCAUCGAGGAGGGGAUGGCCCUGGAGAAGCCAAUGCAAGUGAGGCCAUUUCACGCUGUGCUGGAGAACCCCAGCUUCUCUCUGUAUGGAGUGGUCUGGGGGAAUCGCUCCAAACCACCAAUUCUGAUCCACUCCAUUGUGCUGCUCUACUGGGCACUAAAGAUGGCAAAGACGACUCUUCACCUCUACAUCAUCCCUAACGAUCGCUCCCGGUUCAAGGCUGUUGAUGACUAUGAAAAGCAGUGCCCCUCAAGGCUGGUGUCGACAUCUCUUCAGGCCCAUAAGCCCCUGACCUUUGAUUCUUGUUAUGUUGUGUCCAGUCAAGCAAACAUAGAGGUGACGCCCAAGGAGCUGGAGUUUUGUAACAUCCAAGCAGAGUGUCUGCAGUCAUAUAUGGAAAUCUACACCAAGGACAUUCAGGGAGGAUUGGAGUUCAGCUUGGUAGAGAAAAUCAACAAGGAGCCCAUCUGGGAGGCACAUGUGAGACCAGAGGAUGCAACGCUUUCUGUUUCAUCUGUCCAAACUCAAACAGAUGAGCAUUUUGUCAGUCAGCACCGAGAACAGCUGAUCCAGCGGGUGAUGGCAGUGGAUGGCAUCCUGGAUUCAUUGUGUGGCCCCGUUCUGGACCUGGAGCAAAUCCAGAGCAUCAGAGCAGAGAGAUCCAGCGUGGAGAAGAUGAGGAAGCUGUAUGAGCUGGUGCCUCAAUGGGACAAUGACUGCAAGGACCGACUCUACCAGGCAUUGAAGGAGAAGCACAGACCGCUAGUGGAAGAGCUUGAGGGGAUAUAGAUUGUCCCUUGGGGACAGCAACAUUCUAGUGGGGGGACAGGACGUGCUUCAAGAUCUCCUCCCAAUUCCAAACGACCAGCCCACCAGCCGGAGUCCAUAACCCAUAACAGUGUCAGUCAGGUGAUGGUCUUGUGCUUCUUAACACUCUCAGCUUAUUGUGCUAAGGUGAAUAUUUGUCUUGUGAUGAGAACAGCUGGGGUGUCGGAGUGAGGAUUCCUGGCUCUGGAAGGGGAGUGGGAUUUAAGGUUUGGUGAGGGGGCAGGGCUUGGAGUUAGGUUGCCUGGGUUCUGUUUCCUGGGCAAAACUGAGGGGGAAUCGAACUCCAAAGUUGAGGUUCCUUCAUGGAAAAUGCUCUGCUGGCUACUCGUGUAUUUAGGCUCCACUUCUUGUCUGGACUGCUGUGCUUGGAGUCGCCUUUGAAACUUCCAUGGGGGUCUGCAUAGGCAAAAGUAUCGACCUGAACGGAUCUUACUACCAAAGAGCUCAAGUGCCUUCACCGACCACAGGGGAAUGUACAGAAAUGAUAUUAAAUCUCUCCCUGUGGGGUGGGUGUGCUGGGAAUCAGACCCCCAGUUUGCGGAGAUUAAGGUCAUCUAAGGUCCCCAGUUAUUUCCAGUGGUCUGUAGCUAAGGAAAUUGUCAAAGGUGAGUGAGCCAUUUCUGAUGCCACCUUUGCUGCUGUCAGCUAGAAUAUCAGUACUUUGGACGGACCCUCCCAGCUAGAAUAUCAGUACUUUGGACGGACCCUCCCAGCUAGAAUAUCAGUACUUUGCAUGGAUGGAGUACCUGGAAUCCAAAGGACUCCCUGUGUUUUUGCAGUGUUGCAUCCAGAGAGUGGAAAACCCAAUCUGUGUGGGCUCCAAGGGGGUCUGAACUUCAUGAAACAAAUUUUCCAGACAACAAUCCUUCCUCUCUCCCUCUCUGUGUCUCUCUCUCUCUCUCUCUCUCUCUCUCUCAGGUGUCACAUUAGCACUGGGGUUCUGGAGUCCUCAUGACACUGCAAAUAGAGUAGAGUGAAUCAUGGAUUUUCUGGCUUGGGGGCUGAACCAGAAAAUCCAAACCAAAAAACCUGUUCGAUUUGAACUGAAAACGAUUUCUUUUCUUUUGUCGUUGAAUUGAAAAUAAUUCUUUUAGAAUAGGCCAAAACGUUACGAGUCAACUCAAAACCAUUUUUUUAGUUGAUUUGGCUAUUUCAGGUGUUUUCCACAUGUUUUUUUGGUUUGUUUUGAAUUGGCCAAAUUUGAAAUCGAACACCUGUUUCGGAUUCAAAAAGUCUAAUCGAUUUUUUUUUCCAACCAAAAUUAUUCAUCAAGUUUGAUGGGGAUAUAGGGCUUUUCUUCACAUGGCCAAUAAUCUGUCUCACCUGAGUAAUCAUACUGACAUCAACCACUCGGUUUUUUCCAACUUCCACAUUCUUGGAAGGCAAAAGUUGGGCACUCCGGGUGCCCACAAUCUCAACAUCAUCCUUAGCAAUAUGUAUUUGUCUGGUGAAAUUGUUGCCUGGGCUGGAUGGCAUGUAGUGAAGGAGAAGGGAAUUUCGUGGAUCAUCAAUGUUAAGGCCAGGAGAGACCAUUGUAAUCAUGUAGUCUGACUUCCUCUAUAACAAGCUAGAGAACUUCCCUGAAUGAACUGGACACUCCAAUGUAGAUUCUUCUUAAUUAUUGUCCGUAUAUAUAUUUUAUUGUUUGAUGCAUGAGCGCCCAGGGCACUCAAGCAGGGCAUUCAAGCAGGACACUUUUGAUCAGCAGCACCUGCUGGGGCAGUGCAUUCACCCUGAGCACUCUCAUUACUGCAACCAAAGACGUGGGGCAGGGCUAUCCCAGAUGCCCUUCAACUCCCUCUCAGCUCUGAGUUGGUGUUUUCACGCUUAGCCUCCUCAAGCAUCGUGUGGCCUUCUUUUAUCUUGUCAAUACAUUGUAAGCAGACAGUAGUUAAGAUAAAGUUUUGGUGUUAAGUAUUUUUGGCUGGAAUUUGUCGUCGUUGUUCAGAAACUUUCCUUUUCCGUUCCUGGGAGGUACUUGGUGCUAGAGCUGGGCGAAAAUUUUCAGAUGAAACCAUUUUUUUGUUUUUUCUCCCUUUGAAAAAUGCGUAUUCAGGUUGAC